AUGGCCCUCUUCAGGCAGCUGUCCCUGGGUUCCAAGGCUGCCCUGGCGGCAGCCACUGUCUUCGUGUCCAUGAUCCUCUCCCGCUCCUUUCUGGCUGAGACCCUUGAGCUCCAGGCCUGGCGCUGGCUGUUCCGCCUGCAGCUGGCCCUGUUUGUCAACUCGCUCAUGCUCAUUGGUUCCUUGUACAUCUGGCGGAGCACCGUAAGCAACCUCAGCCAUUCCCCUGCCAUGGAAUCGACCUGUUUCCAGGUUUGGAAGCUGGUUGUCAUGGCAUUCCUGGCCCUGGCACAUUCCAGUUUCUUCACCAUGCUCUUCUUGGUGGCCGAGGAACCUUACGUGUUUUCCUUAGCAGCCUACUCCUGCCUGGGUGCUUACAUCAUCAUGGUUUUCUUCCUUUGUAUCUUGAACGCCAUGGAGCAGGCCUACCAGUUCUUAGCCUGGCGCAGCGGUAGGGUGGUGGGCAGCCUUGACAAGACAAGGCACCUGGUGCUCAGGCCUGCCCUGGCCGUGGUAGUGACAGCUGUGCUCAGUACCAUUGGCCUUCUGAACGCUGCCCAGCCCCCAGUGGUGAAAACCGUGGAGGUGCCCAUCCAUCAGCUACCCCCCUCUUUGAAUAACCUCAAGAUAGUGCUCCUUUCGGACAUUCACUUGGGGCCCACGGUGGGCAGGACCAAGAUGGAGAUGUUUGUGAGGAUGGUGAACACGCUAGAGCCGGACAUCACAGUGAUCGUGGGGGACCUCUCCGAUUCGGAAGCCUCCAUCCUGCAGACGGCAGUUGCUCCUUUGGGCCAGCUCCGUUCCCGUCUUGGCACCUACUUCGUCACGGGUAACCACGAGUACUACACGUCAGAUGUUAGCAACUGGUUCACCCUGCUGGAAUCCUUGCGUGUUCAGCCCCUGCAUAAUGAGAACGUGAAGAUUUCUGCCCCCAGGGACCAGGGCGGCCGUGGGGCCGACGCGGAGUGGAUCUGCUUGGCGGGCGUGGAUGACAUAGAAGCAGACAUCCUUCACUACUCAGGCCAUGGCAUGGACCUUGACAAGGCUCUGGAGGGCUGCGGCCCGGAUGAUGCCACCAUCUUGCUGGCUCACCAGCCUCUGGCUGCCAAGAGGGCCCUCCAGGUGCGGCCAGAUAUAAACUUGAUCCUUUCCGGACACACUCACGCCGGGCAGAUCUUCCCCUGGAAUGUUGCAGCCUAUCUCCUGAACCCUUUCUUUGCUGGUCUCUACCAAGUGGGCCAGGCUACAUUUGUGUACGUCAGUCCGGGCACAGCCUACUAUGGGAUACCCAUGAGGUUGGGGAGCAGGGCAGAAAUCACAGAACUCAUCCUGUGGCGAGCUCCCUAA